AUGAUUGCCAGCUCCGGACUCUCUUCAUUAGGGUGGCCGACCCCUGGUCCCUCAGGGGCUCAGGAGGAGGAAGCGCUUUACAUCUCCGAGCUGUGUCAGCACAGUGGGGCCAGAUACGUCUCCAAAUGGAGUAUUGAUCAAACCAUGAGGCAGAGUAGACCCAGGGAUCGACCGACACAAGAGCACUCUCCCCUCCCUCAGGGCUCUCUCCCCUCCCUCAGGGCUCUCUCCCCUUUCUGGAAAUUCCUCACCCUGGUGACUCUUCAAUCCUCAUCUAAAGAGGAUGAAGCAGAGGACACACAUUCAUACUCUUGGGAUGACUCCUGCGAUCCAGAGCUGAUGCAGGAAAAACAGAGCAGCCACGAGGAAAACCAGACCAAUGCUGUUAAUAUGAGACGACUGUUAAGUUAUGCUAAUAAUGUAGAAGAACUCAAGAAUUCGCUUGUGAGCCUCUCUGCCAAGUGUCAGUACCUGAAAACCAACUCUGCGCACAAUCAGGAGUGUGCUGCCGGCUUGCAGGGCGACAAAGCCAUAACAGAGCUACAAAUCAACCUCAACAAGUCCAUAGAGCAAAACAAGCAGUGGGUGGAGCACGACCAGCAGCGGGAGGCCGAUGUGAAGGCCAUGCUCACCCGGAUGACGUGGCUGGAGAAACACCUGCAGGACAUCAGCAAAGCCCGCGUCGCUGAGCGUAACGAAUACAUAUCAGACGAAAAGAAGAAACUCAAACAAAUGGAGAAGUAUUAUGACGGACUUGUACAUGAAGGCAGCAAGGAGCUGCACAUCCUCCGAGAGCAGGUCUUUCUCACCCAGCAAGCUCUGACAGACGCCCACAGACAGUUGAGAGAAAAGCAGCAGGAAUUGGAAGAAGCCAGGCAGCAGAUGCAGAGCGCAAGGGAAUCACAGGGGCCUCCAGACGUGACGGAGGCCGAGGACUGUCUGACCGUCCAGGCCGAAGAUCUCCAAGUGCAGCUGACCAAGGAGAAGCGCAAGUCGACCACCCUCGAGCUGCAGUCAAGCCAUCUGCAGAAGUCCUUUGUGAAUCACUAUCACAAAGCACAGAAGCAGCUGAGCGAGUAUAAACAGAGGAUUGAGUAUUUGGUUCAGGAUCUCCGUGACGAGAGAGAGAAUUGUUCAUAUUUGAAGCAGCAGCUGGAAAGUGUCCAAUCAGAAACAGAGAAAGGAGACACUGAGAAGGCUGACAAUCCGGAGCACAAGCCCGCUCAGCCCUGUGACCUCCCACCUCGUCCUGCCCGUCACAGAAGUCCUUACGAAAGCCUUCUGGACAAGAGUCUGUUGGAGUGCCCAAUGUGCCUUGCUGCUUACCCUGUGAGUCAGAACAAAGAGCUCCUGGAGCACCUGGACUACUGCCAGCACUGA